AAGUAGCUGAGAUACUUUACCAUAAGGAGGGAAUUUACUUGGUUUCCUUUUAGGACACUUACAGUCUCCUAAACGUUCAGCGUCGUGAAGAUUAAUUCACGCUUUCUUCCGUGUUCUUGUAUUAUAGUCUUCCUGAUGUUGUGAAGUGUUGGUUUCCAAUUAUGUCACUGCUGUUUUGUGGAAUGUCAGAAAAAUAAAUAACUUUUAUAAGAUAAGUAGAUACAAACUUCAGGAUCAAUUCUAGUUUCCAUUAUUUUUCUCUAAAUAAUAGUUCAUAUUGUAUUUUUAAAUCAUAAUGUUGAGGAUUUUUAAGUGCUUCUUUUGUAAUCUGGUUUUAGGCUAUUUAUAACUAAUUUUACUAAGUAAGACCAUUGAAAUUAAGUUUCCUUUUGGUUUUCUUUCUAACCAUCUACUCUUAAAUCCAGAGGUAGAUUCUGAUAAGAUGAAAAUGCUCAUCUUAUCUAUGUGCAUGCUGAACUAUAGAAUUGGCUGGUUUUUAGUGUAUGUUUCCUGCAAGCACAUUUUGAACCUUGCUAGAUGCUAAUUCUUGUGACCAUCUGCUGUGAAACAGUGAUAAGUUCCAAGCAAGAAUUUGGUUAUUAUAAUAUUAAAGGGCUUUAUUUUAUUAUUCCCCAUGCCUUUGUAAACACUUUGGCUAGCAGAAGGAAGAAGGACAAAGUCACAGUGAUUGUCCCUGGGGGCUGUAAAUUGUGAAGGAAAAAAAGGAACCUGGGGGCCCUUUUGUAAAGUGGUAGGGAAAUGGCAGUUACCUGGACACUGGGAUGUGUGCCAGUUAUUUAGGUGAGGAAUAACCUCAGACUAAAGUAUGCUUUACUGUAUAGGCAACUAUAUACUUGGAGAUACAGAAUAUGUUUGCAAACCAAACCCAGUGCAAGUAAAUAUUCUUUAAAAUGACUCAAUGUGACAGCAAGUCAAGAGAGUUCAAUAGGGGAGUAUCCUUUAAUGAGAAGUCAUUGCCUAUUAGCACAAACUAUUCAAUUUGACUUUGAAAUUUAGUGUUGCUCCAUCAGGUAAUUGGUUCCCUGCAGGUUGCAUAAAAAUAUUUUUUUCCCGAGGCCAGAAGUAGAUUUUUACGAUCAGUGGUAAUUUAGAAAAUCACAGUUGGCUUCUUUUUAAGGAAACAACCAAACCUGAACCUAAGGGCAAGGCAGUUCUCCCCCAAACAGCAGCAGCUCCCGUGUUGGCUGGGCUCAAACCACAGCUCUUGGUCAACAGGCUGAUGUGUCCUCAGAACUGGCCAGGGGCUGGGUGGGCUCUCAUUUCUUCUUGCCAGAGUAACUCUGCACAUCAAUUCUUGCCCAGGAAAGGUGUUGUCUUGCUGGGCCAUUAUUGCCUUUGAAUUGCAGUAGAGUGUAAUAGUGGUGACAUAAACAUAACUGAUAGUACUGGACUUGCUGGGUUGUUAUUGCUAAAUUUUUCCAGUCAUCAAGAUGUGUGGAUGGGUAUGCUAUGGGUAUUAGAGCUAAUUUUGUCCUUUUUUAUGCUUUUUUAUUUCCUUAUUUGCCAUUACAUGGAAAAUAGUACUGAUUAAAUACUGAAAUUAAUAAGUGCAAUCUCUUCAUGUAUUGGAUUUUAAUAUUUUUCUUUUUAAGAAAGAACAGUGUUCUAUGAAGAGAUUGUGCAGUGUCUUACUACUGUAACAUACUAGCACACCAACUUUUUAGUAAGGAAUCUGCAAAACUGCAAACCAAAAAGAUUCCAUUUUUAAAAAAUGCAGGAGUUCUGAAUUAUGCCUACAAAUAUAAUAUGAAACAUCAUGGUAACUUUUCUGUAACAAAACCAGUCUCUUUUUUUGGCAGUGACAUUACUAAAUCACUACCUGCACUGGUUACCAAAUGUUAAAAACACAUGGAAAUCAUUGUGAAACUUCCCAUUUAGAAAUAGUUCAGAGAUUUGAUGUGCUCCUUGUGAUCAUCUUCACAGGUGUGCUGUUUUCUGGCUCCUCUAAGAAGACAAUUUCUAAAUUUUACAGUUUUGAGCUACUUGAGGUGUGCAUUCACCGUGUUAGAUCGUGCAGCAGCAUUCGUGUUAUAAAAUCAAAAUAUGUGUGCGUGUUUGACAAAUCUGCCCUCAAGUUUAGUCAUCAACAGCGAUUAUUCAGAACAUCUGCUGUUUCAUGUGGCCAAAUUGUCCAGUUUAAGCUUUCUGACAUUGGAGAAGGGAUUACAGAGGUGACUGUAAAAGAAUGGUAUAUAAAGGAAGGUGACAGUGUGUCUCAGUUUGACAGCAUCUGUGAGGUACAAAGUGAUAAGGCCUCUGUUACUAUCACCAGUCGUUACGAUGGCGUCAUUAGAAAACUCCAUUACAGUAUAGAUGAUAUUGCUUUUGUUGGGAAACCGUUAGUGGACAUUGAAAUUGAUGCUUCAAAAGGUGUUGCCUCAGAAGAAGAUGUUGUUGAAACCCCUCCUAUGUCUCAUGAAGAGCACACUCACCAGGAGAUAAAAGGUCACAAAACAUUAGCAACCCCUGCAGUUCGUCGCCUGGCCAUGGAGAACAAUAUUAAGUUGAGCGAAAUUGUUGGAACAGGGAAAGAUAACAGAAUCCUUAAAGAAGACAUACUCAAUUACUUGGCCAAACAAACAGGAGCUAUUUUACCUCCAUCACCAAAGGCUGAAAUUGUCCCACCUUUGCGAAAAUCAGAGACUGUGCCAGCUGCUCCAAAGGACAAAGCACGCAAAAUCCCAGUACCUGUUUCCAGACCCAUUGUGUUUUCAGGAAAAGAUAAAACUGAACCUGUAACAGGUUUUCAGAAGGCAAUGGUAAAGACUAUGAGUGCAGCCCUGAAGAUCCCCCACUUUGGUUACUGUGAUGAGAUUGAUUUGACUCAGCUUGUUCAGCUGCGAGAAGAGCUGAAGGCUCUGGCUGAGAGCCGUGGAGUUAAGCUUUCCUUUAUGCCUUUCUUCAUAAAGGCAGCCUCUUUGGGAUUAUUGCAGUAUCCAAUUCUUAAUGCUUCCUUGGAUGAAAACUGUCAAAAUGUCACAUAUAAGGCUUCGCACAACAUUGGAGUUGCGAUGGACACGGAGCAAGGGUUAAUUGUCCCAAACGUGAAAAACGUCCAGGUGUGCAGUGUGUUUGACAUUGCUGCUGAACUGAAUCGCCUGCAGUCCUUGGGCUCUGCAGGCCAGCUGGGAACAAGUGACCUCACGGGGGGAACAUUCACCCUUUCAAAUAUUGGCACAAUUGGUGGCACUUAUGCCAAACCAGUGAUACUACCUCCUGAAGUAGCUAUUGGAGCACUUGGAAAGAUACAGGUUGUCCCUCGGUUUAAUGGGAAAGGUGAGGUAUUUAAGGCACAAAUAAUGAACGUGAGCUGGUCAGCUGAUCACCGCAUCAUUGACGGAGCGACCAUGGCCCGCUUCUCUAACCUGUGGAAAUCCUACGUGGAGAACCCGGCUUCCAUGCUGCUGGACCUUAAAUAAAGGAAACCAUGGCUAGAACAUGCCUUUAAACGUUGUGGAUUAGACUGAAUUGUUAUGAAAGCUGUCUCUGCUAACAUGUGCCCUUGGCUACGUGCAUUAUAAAAUAAUGUUAUGUGGUUAAAAGUUCUCAGCAGCUGAUAUCAGUCUAUCUAGUUGUUACUUCUUUUAAUUAGUAGUGCUGUAAUUUCUUCUACAGCAGACUGUCAAACUGAAUAGGUCACGGCUUCUGAACAUGGUGGUGGAAUGUCUUUAUUGUGCCUUUUAUAACAAUUUUCAGGCUGGUGGGACUGAGUGACACUGCUCUACACCUGCAGUAUUUAUAAUCUGAUUAACCUGUUUUGAAGGGGAAUACUCAUAGUUCUUCCGUGUUGGACACGUAAAUUUAUUUUAAUGAAUAAUAAUAUCCAGAUUCCCCAAAGGAAUUACGCAAAAAUCAAAUACAAAUAAAAUGCCUUUAAUGCUUCUGCUGUAAGAGGGCUUUUUGUUGUUUAACUGAGUAAACCUCUUAAGUCUUUUGCUAGUCCACUUUUUCCUGGCAAUUACUUGCACAGAUACUCUUUAUCAGACAAUAAAUGAAGAGGCCAUAUUUAUUCAAAUGCUUACUGAUAACACUUAUUAUAACUAUCAAGGCCUUAAUACUCUCUAGAAUAUCCUGUAUUUUUUUCAGCUGGAAGUAGUUUCAGUCCUUAAUGCUUCCCAGUUACUUUUGUUUCUUAUAGAAAAUAUGUGUCUGUUAAAACCAAACAAGGAAGAAAGAAAGAGAAAACAAAGGAAAAAAGAAGGAUCUUAUUUUGUUUUUCUGACAUUAGGUAAGACUGACAGUAAGCUGACCAUGUUCCAGAAGCUUGCACUAUGUUAUCGACCUGCAGAUACUAGCAUUUACCAGAUUCAACAAAGCAUGGACAUUAAGAAAUACUGUGUAAGAUAAGGACUUCCUAAACUCAGAUAUGAGGCACAUAAUGAAUAGUUUCAAGUUAACACCUGCAGAACAGAAAACAGUUACGUGGCUUUAAGGUGACCAAAACGGAUGAGGAUGGCAGUGGUGAUUUAAGGGGAGAUAGGAAGAAACCCAUUGGAUAUAAAUACCUUUUAGAAACCUAAAUUGCAAUCAGACACAAGAAAAGACAGUUAUAUGGCCUUAAAAAUGAAUUUGUGAUGCACAAAAUGGACAUUUUCUCCUUUCUUUAGAUAUAUCAAAACCAGGAGCAUUCUGCAAAAGUGUAGACCACAGUUGUCUAUUGCAUUUAGCUGUGAAAAUGUGAGACAGGCUAUCAGAAGAAGAAUCCCUGCUAUCCUUGAUGCUGAGAGUGAGCAAGAGAAAAGCUGGUAAUGUAGGAGGGGGAGCAUGGAGCAUCCGUGUAAGGUGCUAUUUAUAUUUCUAUUGUGGUAUAAGGGUCUUUUAUAUAAAGGUCGUUUCUUGCAAAGUUUGACUAAUAUAUCAUGCUUGUCACCUAAUUCAUUUUUAUCAGAUUUAUUUAUUCCUAAUAAAAAAAAAAUAAAGCCACAAAGAAUUGUAAUACUGUUUUUAUUUGUGAAUUUUAUGCAGGCAGUUCUGUACAGGUGACUCAAACUAUUUCUUCUGCUCUUGAACAUGCUGUACUCAAGGCUACCAAAAGAGCACAGCCUAAUGGCUCCUUUCCUGCAAGUAUAUUGUUGUGGUAAGGGGCUCAGUCUGAACAGGAUAUUUUUUUAAUCUGAUGACCACUGAGAAAAUAAACAGAGGAAACAUAAGUAGUUGAAAGAAAGCAAUAAAGUGAUUUAGAAAUAUUUAAGAUAGAAUAAUUUUACUUGCACAAGGAGCCUGAAAUUUUCUCUCAAGACUCCAGUAAAUGGGAGGGCUGUUGAGUUUCUUUCCCCUAAUUAUCUGUCUUUAAGGAGGAGGAGGAAAUGAAGUUAGGUUU